AUGCUGCGCAGCCGGGCCCUUGCCGGCACUACCUCAGUGACGUACCGAAGCCAUUGGCGCCAGUGGUACCUGGUCGUGGAAUCCGGACGGCACCAGUACUGCCUCAAGUCCGAACACGCGCAUUUUGCCGACCGCCAAGGAGCUCGCGUUCACUACCUCGCGGCCGAGGCUGUCACGAUCGGCCUGGCUGGCGCGAAGAACGACCAGGCGCUGUACCACGUGCUACGAGCCCGAGCGGAGUUGCGGCAGAACGCGGCACCAAAUCUGUGUGUCGACCUACGGGCGGGUGAAGUAUCCGACAGGCUCAAGGCUGUGGCCUCCAGUAUUGGCGUUGACCCGCAUCAGUACGCCACUCACUCGGUGCGCAUCGGUGGCGCCACCGCCCUGCUGUCUGGGGAGGCUGAUGGCCUCGCAAUCAAGCUCCUGGGCCGCUGGCUGAGCAACACCUACGAGAGCUAUCCCGUGCUAGGGCCAGAAGCUACCCUCGGCCUCUCAAGUCACAUGAUCUGA